AUGACUGACCUCUUGAGAAGUGUUGUCACUAUCAUUGAUAUUUUCUACAAGUACACCAGAGAAGAUGAGGAAUGUGACACACUGAGCAAGAAUGAGCUAAAGGAACUUCUGGAGAAAGAGUUCCGUCCAAUUCUGAAGAACCCAGAUGAUCCAGACACAGUGGACGUCAUCAUGCAUAUGCUGGAUCGAGAUCAUGACCGAAGACUGGACUUUACUGAGUUUCUUUUGAUGGUAUUCAAGUUGGCUAUGGCCUGCAACAAGGUUCUCAGCAAAGAAUACUGCAAAGCUUCAGGGUCAAAGAAGCAUAGGCAUGGUCAUCGACGCCAAAAGGAAGAAAGUGAAACAGAAGAAGAAGAAGAUACACCGAGACAGAAAACAGGUUAUAGACAUUCAAGCUGGAGUGAGAGAGAGGAGCAUGGAUAUAGUUCUGGGGACUCAAGGGGAAGUGCAAAACAUAAACAUGGGUCUAACUCCUGGAGGCUGGGAAGACAAGGUAAUCUAUCCAGCUCAGGGAGCCAAGAAGGAUCUGAGAAAGGGUACCGUGGGUCUAGCUCUGAUCACUCAUGGAGUAGUGGCAAAGAGAGACAUGAUUCCAACUCUGGAGAACUGGGGGAAGGAAGAAACGAGUCACAUGUUAGCCCAUCUAGAGAAUCUGGGGAGGAAUAUGAAUCUGGGUCUGAAUCAAAGAGUUGGGGAAGGAAAGGUCACGGGGGUCUAUCACAUGGAUUAGAAACGGGUGGGCAUGAAUCAAGCUCUACUCAGUCAAGAAGAGGUAGAGGACAAAAGUGUGGAUCUAGCUCUGCAGGUUCAGGGGGCAGUGGGAAGCAAAGUGAUGCAUGUGGUUACAGCAAUUCAGGUGGGUGUGGAAGGCCACAAAAUGCUUCUAGUUCUUGUCAGGCAAGCAGAUUUGGAAGGCAAGGAAAUCAAUCUAGCUGUACCCAAUCAGGCUGUCAGUCAGGAAGUAGUGGAGGACAAGGUCAUGGCUGUGCCUCAGGAAGUCAAUCCACUGGAUAUGGUCAACCUGAUCCUUGCUCCUGUAGCCAGUCCUCUAGUCAGAGAGAAUAUGGAUCUAGAGAACAAAAUCAACCACUGAACUGUGGAAGACAACAGAGAACAGGCUCAAAUCAGCCCUCUGGCUGUGGACAAUAUGGGUCUGGAGGUAGUCAUCCUUGUAGUUAUGGUCACUCUUCAAGCUCUUGUCAAAAAGGGUCUAGUUCUGGUCAGUCUUAUUGCUAUGAACAACAUGGAACAGGCUCCAGUCAGUCAUGUGGCUUUGGACAAAAUGGGUCUGGCUCAGGUCAGACUUGCUGUGGCCAACAUAGAUCUAGAUCAAAUCAAUGCUCUGGCUAUGGUAAGCAAGGGUCUGGCUCAAGUCAGUUGUCUGGCUUUGGACAACACAGAUCUGGCUCAGGUCAGUGCUCUGGCUCUGGCCAACAAGGGUUUGGCUCAAGCCAAUCCUCUGGCUUUGGCCAACAUGGGUCUGGCUCAGGUCAGUCCUCUGGCUUUGGCCAACAUGGACCUGGCUCAGGACAGUCCACUGGUUUUGGACAACAUGAGUCUACAUCAGGUCAGUCUAGCUAUGGCCAACAUGGGUCUGGUUCAAGUCAAUCCUCUGGCUAUGGUCAACAUGGAUCUAGCUCAGGACAGACAUCUGGCUUUGGACACCAUAGAUCUGGAUCAGGUCAGUCUUCUGGCUUUGGCCAACAUGGAUCUGGCUCAGGUCAGUCCUCUGGCUUUGGCCAACAUGGAUCUGGCUCAGGACAGUCCACUGGUUUUGGACAACAUGAGUCUACAUCAGGUCAGUCUAGCUAUGGCCAACAUGGAUCUGGCUCAACUCAAUCCUCUGGUUAUGGUCAACAUGGAUCUAGCUCAGGACAGACAUCUGGCUUUGGACACCAUAGAUCUGGAUCAGGUCAGUCUUCUGGCUUUGGCCAACAUGGAUCUGGCUCAGGGCAGUCCACUGGCUUUAGACAUCAUGAGUCUACAUCAGGUCAGUCUAGCUACGGCCAACAUGGGUCUGGCUCAACUCAAUCCUCUGGCUAUGGUCAACGUGGAUCUAGCUCAGGACAGACAUCUGGCUUUGGACACCAUAGAUCUGGAUCAGGUCAGUCUUCUGGCUUUGGUCAACAUGGAUCUGGCUCAGGGCAGUCCGCUGGUUUUGGACAACAUGAGUCUACAUCAGGCCAGUCUAGAUAUGGCCAACAUGGGUCUGGCUCAACUCAAUCCUCUGGCUUUGGCCAACACGGAUCUAGCUCAGGACAGUCCACUGGCUUUGGACAUGAGUCUACAUCAGGUCAAUCUAGCUAUGGCCAUCAUGGAUCUGGCUCAGGACAGUCCACUGGCUUUGGCCAACAUGGAUCUAGUUCAGGACAGACAUCUAGCUUUGGACACCAUGGGUCUGGAUCAGGUCAGUCCUUUGGCUAUGGCCAAAAUGAAUCUACCUCAGGGCAAUCCACUGGCUUUGGACAUGAGUCUCCAUCAGGUCAGUCUAGCUAUGGCCACCAUGGCUAUAGCUCAGGACAGACAUCUGGCUUUGGACACCAUGGGUCUGGAUCAGGUCAGUCCUCUGGCUAUGGCCAACAUGGAUCUACCUCAGGGCAAUCCACUGGCUUUGGACAUGAGUCUCCAUCAGGUCAGUCUAGCUAUGGCCACCAUGGCUAUAGCUCAGGACAGACAUCUGGCUUUGGACACCAUGGGUCUGGAUCAGGUCAGUCCUCUGGCUUUGGCCAACAUGGAUCUGGCUCAGGGCAGUCCACUGGCUUUGGACACGAGUCUACAUCAGGUCAGUCUAGCUAUGGCCAACAUGGGUCUGGCUCAAGUCAACCCUCUAGCCAUGGCCAACAUGGGCCUACCUCUGGACAGACCUCUGGUUUUGGACACCAUGGGUCUGGAUCAGGUCAGUCCUCUGGCUUUGGCCAACAUGGAUCUGGCUCAGGGCAGUCCACUGGCUUUGGACAUCAUGAGUCUACAUCAGGCCAGUCCAGAUAUGGCCAACAUGGAUCUGGCUCAAGUCAAUCCUCUGGCUUUGGCCGACAUAGAUCUGGCUCAGGACAGUCCACUGGCUACGAGCAACAUGGAUCAGGCUCAAGUCAAUCCUCUGGUUAUGGCCAAAAUGGGUCUGGCUCAGGUCAGUCCUCUGGCUUUGGCCAACAUGGAUCUAGCUCAGGGCAGUCCACUGGCUUUGGACAUGAGUCUACAUCAGGUCAGUCUAGCUAUGGCCACCAUGGGUCUAGCUCAGGACAGACAUCUGGCUUUGGACACCAUGGGUCUGGAUCAGGUCAGUCCUCUGGCUUUGGCCAACAUGGAUCUGGCUCUGGGCAGUCCACUGGCUUAGGACACGAGUCUACAUCAGGUCAGUCUAGGUAUGGCCACCAUGGGUCUAGUUCAGGACAGACAUCUGGCUUUGGACACCAUGGGUCUGGAUCAGGUCAGUCCUAUGGCUCUGGCCAACAUGGAUCUGGCUCAGGACAGUCCACUGGCUACGAGCAACAUGGAUCUGGCUCAAGUCAAUCCUCUGGUUAUGGCCAAAAUGGGUCUGGCUCAGGUCAGUCCUCUGGCUUUGGUCAACAUGGAUCUAGCUCAGGGCAGUCCACUGGCUUUGGACAUGAAUCUACAUCAGGUCAGUCGAGCUAUGGCCACCAUGGGUCUAGCUCAGGACAGACAUCUGGCUUUGGACACCAUGGGUCUGGAUCAGGUCAGUCCUCUGGCUUUGGCCAACAUGGAUCUAGCUCAGGGCAGUCCACUGCCUCUGGACAUCAUGAGUCUACAUCAGGCCAGUCUAGAUAUGGCCAACAUGGGUCUGGCUCAAGUCAAUCCUCUGGCUAUGGCCAAUAUGGAUCUGCCUCAGGACAGACAACUGGCUUUGGACACAAUGGGUUUGGAUCAGGUCAGUCCUCUGGCUCUGGACAACAUGGAUCUGGCACUGGGCACUCCACUGGCUUUGGACAUGAGUCUACAUCAAGUCAGUCUAGCUAUGGCCAACAUGGGUCUGACUCAAGUCAACCCUCUAGCCAUGACCAACAUGGGUCUAACUCAGGACAGACCUCUGGCUUUAGACACUAUGGAUCUGGAUCAGGUCAGUCCUCUGGCUUUGGCCGACAUGGAUCUGGCUCAGGACAGUCCACUGGCUAUGAGCAACAUGGAUCUGGCUCAAGUCAAUCCUCUGGCUAUGGCCAACAUGGGUCUGGCUCAGGUCAGUCCUCUGGCUUUGGCCAACAUGGAUCUGGCUCAGGACAGACAUCUGGCUUUGGACACCAUGGGUCUGGAUCGGGUCAGUCCUCUGGCUUUGGCCAACAUGGAUCUGGCUCAGGACAGUCUACUGGCUAUGAACAACAUGGAUCUGGCUCAAGUCAAUCCUCUGGUUAUGGCCAAAAUGGGUCUGGCUCAGGUCAGUCCUCUGGCUUUGGUCAACAUGGAUCUAGCUCAGGGCAAUCCACUGGCUUUGGACAUGAGUCUAUAUCAGGUCAGUCGAGCUAUGGUCACCAUGGGUCUAGCUCAGGACAGACAUCUGGCUUUGGACACCAUGGGUCUGGAUCAGGUCAGUCCUCUGGCUUUGGCCAACAUGGAUCUAGCUCAGGGCAGUCCACUGCCUCUGGACAUCAUGAGUCUACAUCAGGCCAGUCUAGAUAUGGCCAACAUGGGUCUGGCUCAAGUCAAUCCUCUGGCUAUGGCCAAUAUGGAUCUGCCUCAGGACAGACAACUGGCUUUGGACACAAUGGGUUUGGAUCAGGUCAGUCCUCUGACUUUGGACAACAUGGAUCUGGCACUGGGCACUCCACUGGCUUUGGACAUGAGUCUACAUCAAGUCAGUCUAGCUAUGGCCAACAUGGGUCUGGCUCAAGUCAACCCUCUAGCCAUGACCAACAUGGGUCUAACUCAGGACAGACCUCUGGUUUUAGACACUAUGGGUCUGGAUCAGGUCAGUCCUCUGGCUUUGGCCAACAUGGAUCUGGCUCAGGACAGUCCACCGGCUAUGAGCAACAUGGAUCUGGCUCAAGUCAAUCCUCUCACUAUGGUGAACAUGGGUCUGGACCAGAUCAGUCCUCUGGCUUUGGCCAAUAUGGAUCUGGCUCAGGACAGACAUCAGGCUUUGGACACCAUGGGUCUGGAUCAGUUCAGUCCUCUGGCUUUGGCCAACAUGGGUCUAGCUCAAGUCAGUCCUCUGGCUUUGGACAACAUAGAUCAGACUCACGUCAAUCCACUGGCUUGGGUCAAUAUGGAACUAACUCAGGUCAGUCCUCUGGUCAUGACAGCACUCAUGAGCAUAGGCAAAGAGGGCAAAGCUCAAGUCAGGGAGGGAGGGCUUCUCAAGCUGGAGAGUCAAGAUCAACUGUUCAAGAGAGACAGGGAAGUACUCAUGGGCAGUCAAGAGAUACCACUAGACAUACCCAAUCAGGUCAUGGACAGUCCUCACAGUCAGGUUCAAGGACAACUGGAAGAAGGGGAUCUAGUCAUAGUGAGUCCAGUGACAGUGAAGUACAUUCAGGAGUUUCACACAGACACUCAGGACCCACAUAUGGUCAAGCCAGAUCUCAACAUGGAGAGUCACAAUCCACUGUUCAAGGAAGGCAGGGAACCACUCAGGGGCAGUCAAGAGAUACCACUCGACAUGCCCAGUCAGGUCAAGGACAAUCCACACAGUCAGAGUCCAGGACAACUGGAAGAAGGGGAUCUAGCCACAGUGAGUCCAGUGACAGUGAAGUCCAUUCAGGAGUCUCACACAGGCACUCAGGACACACUCAUGGCCAAGUUGGAUAUCAACAUGGGGAGUCAGGAUCCACCGUUCGAGGGAGACAGGGAGCUACUCAUGGACAGUCAGGAGAUACCACUAGACAUGCCCAGUCACGUCACAGACAAUCUUCACAGUCAGGGUCAAGCACAAGUGGAAUCAAAGGAUCUGGACACACACAGUCCAGUGACAGUGAUGUGCAUUCAGAUGUCUCACACAGACACUCAGGAUUCACUCAUGACCAGGCUGAAUCUCAACAUGGAGAAUCAAGAUCCACCAUUCAUGGGAGACAGGGAACUACUCAUGGGCAGUCAGGAGAUACCACUAGACAUGCCCACUCUGGUCAGAGAGAAUCCACACAGUCAGUUUCCAGCCCCACUGAACGAAGCACGUCUAGUCACAGUGAGUCCAGUAACAGUGAAGAACAUUCAGGCGUCUCACAGGAACACUCAGUUUCCCCUCAUGGACAAAUAGAUCAAGGGUCAACAUCCUCUCAUAGACAAACAGAAUCCACACAGUCAGGAAGACAGGGACCAAGUUAUAGACAGGAAAGAGACAGAUCUACACACUCAGAGUCAGUUCAUGGGUCAACCACAUCUACCCAUGGACAAUCAGUGUCUGGCAGAAGAGAAAGACAUGGAUCCAGUCAUACACAGCUUCAUGAUACUCACAGGCAGUCAAGGGAUAGCAUAAGGAGACAUUCAAGCAGUAGUCAUGGCCAGUCCAGAGCAAGUCAUUUUCAGUCAUGUAGUAGUGGAAGACAAAGACAUGGGUCAAGUCCAGGUUGGAAACAUGGCAGCUAUGGGAGCUCAGAAUAUGACUAUGGGCAUUUGGCGUAUGGACCUUCUGGGGGUAGCAGAGCAAGCAGCCGCAAUUCUAGUCCUUCAAGGUCAACAAAUAGAUCUGCAAACAAGCAAGUGUCUAGACAUGGACAAUCAUUUUCUAGUUCUGACCAUAUAGCAUUCAAAGCAACUGAAAGAACUGAAAAACAAGGUUCAAAUCAUAGACAAUCAGACACACAUCAUGGGCAAUCAAUUGAUUCCCACAGUCUGUCUGGACCUGGUAAAAGUAGAAGGCAGGGAUCUAGUCAUGGACAUUCUGCAGUAACUCAUGAACAGUCAAGUGACACCCAUGUUCAACCUGUAUAUAGCACAGUUAGCAGACAGAGAUCUACACAAAGCCAAUCUAGUAACCAUUCUGGAUCUGGCCAUGGACAAUCUUUAUCAGCUUAUGGCCUUUCUGAAUCUAGAAAGCAGGAAUGCCAUAGUGAUAGCAUAAGGUAUUCGGAAGAUUGGGGAAAACAGACUCAUGGACAAUCAGAAUCUGAGCAUGAAAAGUUGGAGUUCAAUUCAAUAGCUGAAUUCAAUCAGCAGCAUUUGGGAGAUACAAUUUUACUUGGGCAGGUAAGACCCAACACAAGUUUAGCAAGUCAGGAACCAAAUCAUAAACAAUCGGGAGAAGCCCUGGGUCAAACUGGAUUCAGCACCAAUGAAAGACAAGUGUAUAGCCAUGGCCAAUCAAGUGACAGCUAUAAGCAGUCAAAUGACAACAAGAGUCAAAGAUACAUUUACAGUCACUUUAUUGACAGUCAAGACCCUACAGGAAUUGAAGAGCAUAGAUAUAGGUAUUCAUCAAGCAGUACCACUACAUGGGGUGGGGGAAGGCAAAGGAAAGAGUUGGGAUCAAGUCUGUCAGGAGGCAUCAGAAGAUACAAUCAGGAUAUGGAUGAUAAGCAGAUAAGAGGCUCUGAGGCCAGAGGUUACCACGGAAAGGAAAGAACAGACUCGGGUUCCUUCUACUUAGACAGCAACACUCCACUCUACGAAUAUGUCCAAGAACAAAGGUGCUAUUACUUUGAAUAA